CCACUUUCCAUCGCCCACCUGAUCGUCCAUCCACUCUCUCUUACUUCUUGUCUCUACUCCACCGUCCCAUCUCACCAUGUCCCCUCCCACCGCCGAGCUCGCUGGCCUCUCCAUCUCCUCCAAGAAGACCGGGCCGGGCGGCAAGCCGCUAGUCAACGCCGCCGUCGUCGGCGAGUGGCAUGACGCCAAAGCCGCAUACACCGGGCCCAAGCUGAGCCGGCGGACGUGGGAGAACGAGCACUUUGCCGGCUCCGAGGGCCUUGAUUUUGUGUUCCGCAUCACGUACGAUGACGAAGCGAACCCCUCAGGCAUGAUCAAUCUGGGCAUGGCCGAGAACACCAUGCUCACGAAGGACUAUCUUGAGUAUUAUGCCAAGGUGUUUUCAAAGGCGCUCCGGCCAAACGACUUUACGUAUGGCACACAGGCCAGCGCGAGCAAGCGCUUCCACACGGCGGUCGCGGACAUGUGGAACGAGAACUUUACCCCGCUAACUCCCGUGCAGCCGGACGACAUUGCGACGGCGCCUGGGGCUACUGGUGCUUUGGACCAGCUGUUCAGCGUACUCGGUGACGCAGGGGAUGCUGUUCUCAUUGCUGCGCCUCACUACAAUGGCUUCGACGCCAACAUGGUCGUGCGCUCCGGCGCGCGCAUCGUUCAUGUAUACGGCCCAGAGCCCGACAUCGCGUUCACCACCCCCGGCGCCGAGAUCGCCGCGUUUGAGAAGGCCAUGGAGGACUGCAAGGCGAAGGGCAUUAACGUCCGGGCCGUCCUCCUCUGCUCUCCCCAAAACCCAUGGGGUCGGACGUACUCGAAGGAAGUACUGCUCGACUAUGCACUCUUCGCGGAGAAGCACGACAUCCACCUCAUCUCGGACGAGAUCUAUGCCCUAAGCGUGUGGGAUAAUCCGAAAAUCCCCAACUCGCCACCGUUCAUCUCCAUGCUCUCGCUCGACGUCGAGAAGGAGACAGGGAAGAGAUUUGACAAGUCGAGGUUGCACAUCGUAUACAGCUUCAGCAAGGACUUCGGGUGCAACGGCUUCCGCCUCGGCGUCAUAAUCAGCCAGCACAACCCGCUUGUGAUCCGUGGAUUGCUGCACAUCAGCUUCGUCGCGAAGCUCGGAUCCAUUGGCGACGCGCUGAUAUCCCACCUGAUCAACGACAAGCCGACGUUCAAGGAGCUUGUGGCCAAGAAUGUUGACGCGCUGCGCGACUCGUCGGAGAAAAUGGCCGCGUUCUGCGAGAAGCAGGGCUGGAAGCCAGUGCCGGUCAACUCUGGACACUUCAUGAUGGUGGACGCAAGCAACCUCGGAUUCAAGACGAUGGAGGAGGAGAAAGACUUUGGGCGGCACUGCAUCGAGUUUGGUGUUGGAGUGGGGCUGGGGCAGUCGUACCACGCUCGGACGCCAGGAUGGCUGCGCCUUACGCACACGUAUGCUCCAGACAGGCUGGAUCUUGCGCUGGAGAGGCUGGGCAAGGCUGUGGAGGCUUGGCGGUCGCGAGGGCUUAGGGAGUAGUGCAAGAGAUGGAUUCAGUAAUGCUAGCAAGGCGGGAGCUGUUCUUGCCUCAUGCUGAUGGAUCUGCUGCGCGC